AUGCUGCACCCGAACCUGACAGGAGGACGACUUGUACGAGCUAAACCCGGUGGAGUCAACGCGCAGAGCGUGGACUGCUGGAACCGAGCAUGGCAGACAGCGCUCUAUCUCGAGCACGAGGAAGACGACCUAUACGAGUUAAACCCGGUGGAGUCAACGCAGCAGAGCGUGGACUGCUGGAACCGAGCAUGGCAGACAGAGGUCGCCCUCGAGCAAGCACACGCGGAAAAGACGGGGCUGUCUCAGGGGGUUGAGGAGGGGAGGAAGCGCGGGAGGCGCAGGGUGGGGCGAGUGUGGCGGGUGCUGGGUCGUGCGUUCGGGCGGUACUACUUCGUGGCGGCCGUAUGGAAACCCAUCUGGCUCGCCGCCGUCUGCACCCAGGUGUACGUGCUGAAGCAGCUGGUGGCAGCAGCAGCAGCGCCCGAACCGCCAGAGGCGUGGAGGGCGGCGCUGCUGGUGGUGGGCAUGGCGGUGACGUCCACGCUGCAGAGCGUGUGCAUGCACCACUGCUUCACUCGCUCUCAGAAGGCCGGCAUGCGCGUGCGUGCAUGCGUGUGCACGGUGGUAUACCACAAGGCGUUGGGAAUGAAGCAGGUGGCUCUGGGGGAGGCGACAUCUGGGCGCAUGCUGAACCUUAUCACCAACGACACUCAGAAGCUCCUCGACGCCAUCACAUACUUCCAUUAUGUGUGGCUGGCGGUGUUGGACCUGACAGUCAUCUGUGCGUUGGUCAUAGUGGAGGCGGGAGUGGCAGCACUGGGGGGCGUGGCAGUCGUCUUCCUCAUCCAACCACUCAUCGUGUGGAUGGCGAAGAGAGUCGCAGCAUUGAGGCCCAAGGCGCUCAAGUUCACGGAUGCACGCGUGCGGCUGCUGGGGGAGGUGCUAUCUGGCAUGCGCGUGGUCAAGGUCAACGGCUGGACCGCCGCCUUCCUGGACCGCAUUCGCGUACUACGAGACAACGAGCUACAGUGGCUGCGCCGGGCGGCGUACGUGCGAUCAGUCAACUCCACACUCAAGGACUCCGUCACGCCCCUGGCGUCUCUAGCCACAUUUGGCAUCUACGUGGCGAUAAACGGCCACCUGCCACCCCAGACGGCCUUUGCAGUGCUGGCGCUGUUCAGCAUCAUGGUGCGAAUCUUCUUCAUCGCCCCCACCGGCCUCCAGUUCGCCGGGGAAGCCGUCGUCGCCGUUGACCGCCUGGAGAAGUUUCUCGCGCUGCCCGAUGGGCAGGGCGGCUGCCCGGACGAUAAGAGGGCGGAGUUGAGGGCAGAGGCGGAGAGCAAAGGCGUGGUCGUGGCGCUCCAAGACGCCUCCUUCUCCUGGCAGCUGCCGCCCACCACUGCCCAGCAGCUUCCCUCCAGCACAGAGCAGCAGCAGAAAGCAGAGGGGGGCAAGGGGAAAGGCGCCAGAGGUCUGUGGAGGAGAAGGCUUGGCGCUCAGAAAGCGCAGGAGAAGAGGAAUGGAGCUGUUGGGAGCGUUCAGCCAGAUUGCACGCAGAGAGAGGCCAAGGAAGGUGAUGGCGAGGCGGGCAAAGAGAACGGCUUGCAGGAGGGUAGGCAGAAUGAAUUGGAAAAGGAGCAACAGCAGGAGGGAGAGGGGGUUGGUUCCUCGCUUGCUAUGCCUGCUGCGUCUGCUGAUGCUGUUGCUACCACAGCAGAUGCUGCUGCUGCUGCAGGAACAGGGUUUCACCUGGAACGAGUGACUCUGCGAGUGGAGAGAGGCGCAGUGGUGGCAGUCACAGGGGCGGUGGGCAGUGGCAAGUCCUCCCUCCUGCAGGCAAUACUAGAGGAGAUGCAGUAUGUGGGCGGCGCUAUGUGGGUGAGCAGUUUAGGGAACGUGGCGUAUGCAGCGCAGCAGCCGUGGAUUCUGAAUGCUACGGUCAUGGAGAACAUUCUUUUCGGGCAGCCCUUUGAUGCGGGCAGGUACCAGGAGGUGGUCUGUGCCUGUGCGCUGGACCGUGACAUCUCUGCCCUGGCCGCCGGGCACCAGACGGAAAUCGGCGAGAGGGGCAUAAACCUGAGUGGGGGGCAGAAGGCACGGAUAUCCCUCGCCAGAGCAUGCUACAGCAGCGCCCCCCUUGUUCUCCUAGACGACCCUCUAGCCGCAGUGGAUGUGCCUACAGCGAAGCACCUUAUAGAGAACGUGCUUCAAGGAGGGGUCAUGCAACGCGGUAACCGCACGGUCGUGCUCGUAACACACAACAGAUGGUCGCUGGACGCGUGCUCUCAGGUGCUUCUGAUGACACAUGGGCGGCUGGGAUUGGCCGGGAGCGCGGAGGAGCUAGCAGAGGUGGGGGCGAUUAGCGGGAGGGAGAUGAAACGAGUGAGGAGUGUUGAAGCCAUGGCGGCAGCUGCUGCUGCCGCUGUGGAAGCGGUGCCCUCGGCUAGAUAUGAGGGGCGGGGAGGGUGGGAGAGCGGGGAGGGGUUGGAAGGUUUGGCUGGGAAAAGCAUGGGGGAGGAUCGAGUUGGGGGUGGGCAAGGAGGAGGGGAGGUGUUGGGGGAGGUGGCGGGCAGGGAGGUGGUUCAAGGGGGAGGGGAGAAUGGAGAGGGGUGGGGAGCAGGAGGUGCAGGCAAGAGCAGGGAGGGCGGGGCACGUGAAGGGCAAGAGGCAGUGGCGGUGGAUGGGAGAGGGGUAGAGGAGGCGGAGACGCGAGGAGAGGAAGUGGUGGUGCAGGAUGGUGCCGUGAGGGAAGGGGAGAAUGCAGAGAAUGGGGUUGCUGAUGGGAUGGCCGAUGGGGUGACUGAUGGGGCGGAUCAUGGGCAUAACGGGGUGACUGAUGGGGCGUGUGGGGGAGAGAAUGGGGCAGUGCCUGGGGAGGGGGAUGGAAGGGAGCAGUCAGUGAAGUUGACAGAUGGGCAGAGGGAGAAGCGGGCGCAGUGGGGGCAGAGGAGCAUGGGGCGCGUGACUAUAAAGGAGGACAGAGUGGAGGGGCAGGUCACUCGCGCCACCUACUGUGCUUACAUCAAGGCCGGAGGAGGAUUCGUGCUCUUUGCUGGGCUGCUGCUGGCCUUCAUGGUGGCACAGACCGUUCGCACCCUCGUGGAUUACUGGCUAGGCGUCUGGGUCGACCACAAGUACUCGCUCUCCUCAGGCCUGUACGUGGGCAUAUAUGCGGUGCUGACAGCGGGAGCCAUCGUGCUGUCGCUGCUGCGGGCCUUCUGGUUCACCCAUGCGGCCCUCGCUGCAGCGCGCCACAUGCACCACCUCAUGGCCGUGCACGUGCUGCGCUCCCCACUACUGUUCUUCGACCAGAACCCAGUGGGCCGAAUCCUCAACCGAUUCAGCAAGGACCAGUCUCUCGUGGACGAUCUCCUCCCAACCACCGUUCAGCAAACCAUGGAGCUAUUUCUGGGGUGCGCGGGGGCCAUAGCAGUCACGGCAGUGCUGGUACCGUGGUUCCUCCUGGCGCUGCCGCCGCUGCUGGUGAUCUUCGCGCUGCUGCAGCGCCGCUAUCUGCGUGUCUCCCGCGAGCUCAAGCGUAUUGAUGGCCUCUCGCGCUCGCCCAUCUACGCACACUUCGCUCAGAGCCUGCAGGGAGUGGUGUCAGUGCGAGCAUACGGAGCAGCCCCCGCCUUCCUGCAGCACUUCAUCGCACUGAUAGACGCCAACCACCGCGCCUACAUACAGUUCGUGCACGCCGGCCGGUGGCUCGGGAUUCGGCUAGACCUCUGUGCCUCUGCGCUCGUGACACUUGUCGCCAUCCUAGUGGUCGUUCUGCACGGCUCCCUGCCGGCCGGGUAUGCUGGGGUGAUUCUGGUGCAGUCCCUGCAACUUACCGGCCUGUUCCAGUAUGCGAUCAGACAAGCAGCAGAGAGUGAGAAUUACUUCACCUCUGUGGAGCGCAUCCAUGCCUUCAUGCAGCUGCCCUCCGAGGCCAAUCACCUCUCGCCACCUGGCACGCUGCCGCCCGCCUGGCCGGACAAGGGGCGAGUCGAGUUCUGCCACGUGUACAUGGCUUAUCGAGAGGACCUGCCUUAUGCACUCAAUGACCUCACCUUCACUGUGAUGGGCGGUGAGAUGGUCGGCAUUCUGGGGCGAACGGGGUCGGGCAAAUCCAGCCUGGCAGCGGUGCUCUUCCGAUUGGUGGAGAACAGCCGCAGCCGAGGCCACGUCAGCAUCGACGGCCUGAAUCUCACAGGCGUGGGGCUGGAUGACCUCCGGCAGCGCCUCUCCAUCAUUCCCCAGGACCCGGUGCUCUUCCAGGGCAGUGUGCGGCAGAAUCUGGACCCCUUUGGGCACUACUCCGAUGCUGAUAUGCUGGAUGCUCUCAGGCGCGCCCAUCUCUCUCCUGCCACCUCGCAUUCCAACCCCUCAGCACCGCCACCAACUCCUCCUCCCGCUCUCAGCACUGGUGAAGCAGAAUUGGAGGACAAGAGUAGCAACAGUGCAAGAGACGGGAAUGGGUGUGUUUAUGAUUCGAUUACGCUGCUCAGGGAAUCCCCGUCUCACGCUGAGUCAGCUCCCACCACAAGGCUGCGUCCAGUGACUCUUGACAUGGACGUGUCUGAAAACGGGGAGAAUUUCAGUGUGGGGCAGAGGCAGCUUCUCUGUCUCGCACGCGCCUUGCUGCGGCAGUCCCGAGUGGUGGUGCUGGAUGAAGCAACCGCAGCUGUUGAUGGGGAAACCGACGCACUCGUCCAAGCUACAGUGCGCGAGCAGUUCGGUGCUGCAGGCAUGCGAGCUACAGUGCUCACUAUAGCGCAUCGCAUCGAUACCGUUAUUGAUGCAGACAGAGUGUUGGUGCUUGCGCCUGGAGCUUCACAUUCAGUGCGAGCAUACGGAGCUGCCCCCGCCUUCCUGCAGCACUUCAUCGCACUGAUAGACGCCAACCACCGCGCCUACAUACAGUUCGUGCACGCCGGCCGGUGGCUCGGGAUUCGGCUAGACCUCUGUGCCUCUGCGCUCGUGACACUUGUCGCCAUCCUAGUGGUCGUUCUGCACGGCUCCCUGCCGGCCGGGUAUGCUGGGGUGAUUCUGGUGCAGUCCCUGCAACUUACCGGCCUGUUCCAGUAUGCGAUCAGACAAGCAGCAGAGAGUGAGAAUUACUUCACCUCUGUGGAGCGCAUCCAUGCCUUCAUGCAGCUGCCCUCCGAGGCCAAUCACCUCUCGCCACCUGGCACGCUGCCGCCCGCCUGGCCGGACAAGGGGCGAGUCGAGUUCUGCCACGUGUACAUGGCUUAUCGAGAGGACCUGCCUUAUGCACUCAAUGACCUCACCUUCACUGUGAUGGGCAGUGAGAUGGUCGGCAUUCUGGGGCGAACGGGGUCGGGCAAAUCCAGCCUGGCAGCGGUGCUCUUCCGAUUGGUGGAGAACAGCCGCAGCCGAGGCCACGUCAGCAUCGACGGCCUGAAUCUCACAGGCGUGGGGCUGGAUGACCUCCGGCAGCGCCUCUCCAUCAUUCCCCAGGACCCGGUGCUCUUCCAGGGCAGUGUGCGGCAGAAUCUGGACCCCUUUGGGCACUACUCCGAUGCUGAUAUGCUGGAUGCUCUCAGGCGCGCCCAUCUCUCUCCUGCCACCUCGCAUUCCAACCCCUCAGCACCGCCACCAACUCCUCCUCCCGCUCUCAGCACUGGUGAAGCAGAAUUGGAGGACAAGAGUAGCAACAGUGCAAGAGACGGGAAUGGGUGUGUUUAUGAUUCGAUUACGCUGCUCAGGGAAUCCCCGUCUCACGCUGAGUCAGCUCCCACCACAAGGCUGCGUCCAGUGACUCUUGACAUGGACGUGUCUGAAAACGGGGAGAAUUUCAGUGUGGGGCAGAGGCAGCUUCUCUGUCUCGCACGCGCCUUGCUGCGGCAGUCCCGAGUGGUGGUGCUGGAUGAAGCAACCGCAGCCGUUGAUGGGGAAACCGACGCGCUCGUCCAAGCUACAGUGCGCGAGCAGUUCGGUGCUGCAGGCAUGCGAGCUACAGUGCUCACUAUAGCGCAUCGCAUCGAUACCGUUAUUGAUGCAGACAGGGUGUUGGUGCUUGCGCCUGGAGGUAGGGUUGCAGAGUUUGAUACCCCGGCGAAUUUGUUGCGCCAGGGGUUGAACGAGCGUGGUGUUAGAAGUGGAAAAGGGGGGUCGGUGUUUGCUAGUAUGGUGGAUAACGCCGGGCCUGUGGUGGCAGCUAAGCUGUACGAGGCAGAGAGGAGGAACAAACAAAAUUGA